AUAGUUAUGGGAGAAGUAGUGUUCCAGCUUCAACAUGGCAAAAACAUGGAUUGUGUAAAGAAGGGUGCUUGGUCUCCUCAAGAAGACAAAAAAUUGAUUGAUUAUAUUGCGAAAUAUCGUAUUUGGAACUGGAGCCAGAUGCCCAAAUUUGCAGGGCUAUCUAGAACAGGAAAGAGUUGCAGACUGAGAUGGACCAACUAUUUGAGGCCUGAUCUAAAGAGAGGACCAUUUAGUCUUGAAGAAACUCAAACAGUCAUCAGAAUGUAUCAAUCACUUGGUAACAGGUGGUCAGCUAUAGCUAAAGAACUACCCGGUAGAACAGAUAACGAAAUCAAGAAUUUCUACCACACACAUUUAAAGAAGCACCUUGGGACAAAAGUUGAAGUGAAACCUAAAUCAAGGUCCAAAAAGGUGAAUAAAGCUAAACAAAUAGAGAUGAGUACUCAGAAGAAGCCUUUGAUAACUACUUGUCCAAAUAUUGAAGGUCCUAAUGAUCAAUCACUUGAUUUUACCAAUUCCUCCUCCUCCUCUAGCUACACCACAUUUGAUGAAAAUUAUGAAAUCUUGGAUUUCUUGGAAACAUCGAAUCAAGACAAUGAUGUUACUUCAAUUGUCAAUCAAGUUGAUGACGAAAACAUAGUUAUAUUGGAGAGUAAUCCAGAGAGUAGUACAUCGUCAUCAUCAAGUGUUGAUUUGCACAUAAAAGAUUUCGUGGAUGUGAGUGUUCAUUCAUCUAAUGUCGAUUUCUGGUUGGACCUAUAUAUGGCGGCGGACAAUCUAAACACCUAG